AAGAUACAUCUCUAAACCACACCAUAAUGUCACGUGUUAAGUGCAACUAUCUCAAGGUGAUACUUUAAGGACAAAGGGAAGGAGUGGCUCUUCAUAUGGGUAGAUCUUUCUUUAGAGAGUGUCCCAGUGUUCCAACGUGUCAGAAGUGCUGCCACCACGGAGCCAUGGAAAUCAUCACUGUUCUCCUCCUCCUGAGCUUCUGCGGCCCUUUCUCAGAUGCUCUGAAGUGCUAUGUGUGCAGCUCCACCACAACCAAUGAUGCAUGUAACCAGUCAUCCCAAACCUGCCAGGCACCCCUUGAUACCUGCAUGACCACUGUGGACACAUUUGGCAAAAUAAAGGCCAUAGGGAAGUAUUGCGCCAGUGCAAGGACCUGCCAAGGAGCAGCGUCAGGGGCCUCAGUGGAUGCGAAUGGCAAUGGGAACCAAGUCACCUGCUGCUCCAGUAACCUUUGUAACAUCAACGGAGCGACUGGUGUUGGGCUAAGCACACUACUGACUCUGGCUGUGUGUUUUAGCCAUGCUGUGCUCAGCAUUCUCUGGCUGCUCUGAGAAUUAAUGGAUGACCUCAUAGCAUGGGGGAAUUCAGGCAUAGCCUGCCUCCAGCACAAUAGGCAACAAUUUCACUUAAUAUUUAGAGUAUAUUUUAUUUACCAAACUAAUACAG